AUGGAACAAGAACAACAUCAUCCCCAAGAACAAGUCGCUGCUCAGGGCAUUCAUGCCCAAGCAGGCAAUGGUCAGGGAGCUGCCAACCCUAGACCCGUCCACCAACCCCGAAAUCCGCGAGCCAUAGGUGCUCAUGACGAGCCAACCAUACAUAACAACCUUACGGGCAUUCGCGCACCACCGGGGGCGAACAACAACUUUGAGAUCAAGUCAAACUUGAUCAACAUGAUACAAUCUAACAAGUAUCAUGAACUGCCAAUGGAGGAUCCUCUAGAUCAUCUCCACACAUUUGACAUGCUUUGUGGGACUGUCAGGAUCAAUGGCAUUUCUGAAGAUGCUUUCAAACUCAAACUCUUCCCGUUUUCACUUGGAGACAGAGCACACUUAUGGGAGAAGACCCUACUUUCAAGCUCGGUCGAAACAUGGGACGAAUGCAAGAAAGUAUUUUUAACCAAGUUCUUUUCUACUUCUAGAACUGCACGACUCCGAAAUGAAAUCACUGGAUUCACACAGAAGGGACUUGAAAUCUUCGGAGAAGCAUGGGAGCGCUUCAAAGGCUACACACUGAAAUGCCCUCACCAUGAGUUUCGAUCAAGGCUUGAUACAGCGAGUAAUGGUCAUUUCUUAGGACGUGAGGAACAAGAUGGAAUGCAGUUAAUUGAGAACUUAGCCCUGACUGACUCCACCUACUGCGAUGACUAUGAUCGCUCAAACAUGGGUACUGUGACUCAAGAUGAGCAAGCUAGAAAGGAUUUAAAAGUGCUAAGAGGAGAGAUGGACCAACUUCUUCAGCUUCAGAAGAAACAAGUUCACUACAUUGGUGAAUAUGAUCAACAGCUGGUCCAAAUUGAGCCUCAAGAGGAAUUUGUGCAGAGUGUCCAGGAAGAAGUUAACUAUGUAGGAGGACAAGGAAACUACAAUCAAAACUUCAACUACAGAAAUCAGAACACUCAGAUCCCUCAAGGACUGAACACACUGCAAGACAACUUUCAAAACAAGCCUCAGUAUAUCCCUCAAGGCAACUACCAGCAGAAACCUUUCUAUAACAAUCAGCAAGGCAACUUCCAGCAAAAAGCCUACAACAACCCACCACUUGGUUUUUACCCUAAUAAGGGUAACCAACAAAACCAAGGUCAAAGAAGCUCCUCCAAUGCACCACCAACAGAAAGCAGUACGGAUUUCCUCCUCAAACAGCUUCUGGCCUCACAUGCCAAAUCUGAUAAAAGAAUUGAAGAUAUGGAUUCUAAGAUCACUGGAUCCUACGGAGCUCUCAAUUCUAGAAUGGAUGCUCUUGAAAAUCAGUUUACCACUAUGAACACAAAUUCUAAAAGGCUAAUGGGUUCACUCCCUGGAAAGCCCGAGCAAAACCCGAAAGAAUUCAUUGGGGCAAUCACACUGAGGAGUGGGAAAGAACUACCUUCAAGAGAUCUCAUUCGGGACAAUGAGAAACAGGAAGGGGAGGUGAUCAUCAAUGUGGAAGACAAUGUGGUGAUUUUGGAUGAGAAAAAGGAUGAGGAGAUCCUUCAGAAGAUUGUGGACUCAAAAGGAAAAGGGAAAGCAGUUGAAGAGAAAAAGGACACAACUGAGAAAGGAGACACUUCCACUGCAAAUGACACUCCAUUUGUGCCCCCUCCAUAUGAACCCAAGCUCUCAUUCCCUGGAAGAUUCAAGAAGCAGCUGGUUGACAACAAAUUUUUGAAAGAUGCAGUCAAGGAAAAACAGAAGAAGUUAGAAGGAAUGGUAGUGCUCACACAGGAGUGUAGUGCAAUCAUCACAAAGACUGAUGUUCCGAAGAAGUUAGAUGAUCCAAGAUGCUUCACUCUCCCAUGCUCUCUUGGACCCUUGAAGUUUGAAAAUUGUCUAUGCGAUCUUGGAGCAAGCAUCAGUCUGAUGCCACUUUCGGUAGCUAAGCGGCUUGGAUUCACUCAGUUUAAGAAGUGUCGCCUCUCUUUGGUACUGGCUGACAGAUCAGUAAGGUUGCCCAUUGGAAUACUUAAGGACCUUCCUGUCAUGGUUGGAAACUGUGAAGUACCCACUGACUUCGUCGUUCUUGAGAUGGACGAGGAACCCAAAGUCCCCUUGCUCUUUGGUAGACCAUUCCUUGCUACUGCAGGAGCUGUCAUUGAUGUAAAGAAUGGCAAGAUAGAUCUUCAUCUUGGGAAAAAGAAUGUUUUGAAAUUUGAUAUCAGAGAUAUGAUGAAGAAGUCUACAAUAGAAGCGCAAGUCUUUUACAUAGAAACCAUGGAUGCACUCGCUGACGAGUUUCUGGAAGAGCUGGCUAUUAAAGACUCCCUUCAGCAUGCUCUUACCAUUGAAAAAGAAGAUCAACUGAUCGAGAGCAAGAAAAGCGAUGAGUACUCAAGGAGGAUGGACUCUUGCAAGAUGGCAGAGGAUGCAGAUCAGUUCAUGGACUUACCAGAGAUCAAUCACCAUGCCCACUCAGUGGAACAACGGGAUGAAGCUCUCAACGAUGAUUGGAGUGAGCUCAAAGCCCCAAAGGUGGACCUGAAACCGCUUCCCAAUGGGCUCAGGUACGCUUUUCUUGGACCAAAUGAAACUUAUCCAGUGAUUGUGAAUGAUGAUCUCACUGAUGAUGAAUUGUCUUUACUCUUGAAUGAACUGAGAAAAUAUAGAAAGGCAAUUGGUUACUCUCUAGAUGAUAUUAGAGGAAUUUCACCUUCACUUUGCAUGCACAGGAUACACUUAGAAGAUGAAUCAAUGACUUCUAUAGAACAUCAAAGAAGGUUGAAUCCCAACCUGAAAGAUGUUGUUAAGAAAGAGAUUCUAAAACUUUUGGAUGCAAGGAUAAUCUAUCCUAUUUCUGAUAGUACCUGGAUUUCCCCCGUCCAUGUUGUGCCAAAGAAGGGUGGAAUCACUGUGGUUAGGAAUGAAAAAGAUGAAUUAAUUCCAACUAGAACAAUCACAGGUCAUCGAAUGCGCAUUGACUAUAGGAAAUUAAACUCUGCAUCUAGAAAAGAUCAUUUUCCUUUGCCAUUCAUUGAUCAAAUGCAUGAGCGUCUUACUAACCACCCCUAUUAUUGCUUUCUUGAUGGAUACUCGGGAUUCUUCAAAAUCCCCAUACAUCCCAAUGAUCAGGAGAAAACGACUUUCACCUGUCCGUAUGGUACCUUCGCAUAUCGAAGUAUGCCAUUUGGAUUGUGUAAUGCACCAGCAACCUUUCAAAGGGCUAUGAUGUCGAUUUUCUCUGAUCUUAUUGAGGAAGUUGUGGAGGUAUGCAUGGAUGACUUCUCUGUAUAUGGUUCUUCUUUUGCCUCGUGUUUGUCUAAUCUGUGCAGGAAAGGCAUAGAGGUUGAUCAGGCUAAGAUUGAUGUCAUGAUGGGUUUACAACCGCCAACAUCUGUGAAGGGGAUCAGAAGUUUCCUUGGACAUGCAGGCUUCUACAGGCGCUUCACAAAAGACUUCUCGAAAGUAGCGCGGCCAUUGACCCGACUCUUGUGCAAAGAAACUGAGUUCUGUUUCAGCCAGGAAUGCCUUGAAGCAUUCAACAAGAUGAAGAAUGAUCUGGUGUGCGCCCCUAUUGUUCAACCGCCUGAUUGGGACUUUCUUUUCGAGAUCAUGUGCGAUGCCAGCGACUAUGCUGUUGGGGCGGUGUUGGGGCAAAGGAAAGGCAAUAAAUCUCAUGUGAUCUACUAUGCUAGUCGCACUCUUGAUGAAGCACAUGUGAACUAUACCACCACAGAGAAAGAGCUUCUAGCAGUGGUCUUUGCAUUUGAAAAAUUCAGAAGCUAUCUGGUUGGAUCAAAGGUAGUUGUCUAUACAGAUCAUGCUACUUUAAGACAUCUACUGGCAAAGAAAGAGGCAAAGCCAAGACUUCUGAGAUGGAUCUUACUACUCCAGGAGUUUGAUCUUGAAAUUAAGGAUAGGCCAGGAGUGGAAAACAGUGUAGCUGAUCAUCUGUUCAGGUUGAGAAUUGAAGGAGGGGUUCCUAUUGAUGAGGGACUCCCUGAAGAGCAAAUAAUGGCUAUCAAAGCAGUUGAUUUUGCUUACAAGAUUAGAGAAAGGUUAGAAGAGGCCAAGGCAUUGGAAGAAAGAUUACCUUGGUAUGCAGACUUGGUGAACUACUUAGCUUCUGGGAAAGAACCGUUGGGGCUUGAAGGAUAUCAGAGGAAGAAAUUCUUCAAGGGCGUCAAGAGAUACUUUUGGGAUGAGCCAUAUCUCUAUACGCUGUGUAAGGAUCAGCUUUACAGAAGAGUUGUAGCUGAGGAAGAAAUAUGCGACUCAUGCCAAAGAAGAGGUAACAUCAGUAAGAGAAACGAGAUGCCUCAGAAUCCAUUUCUGGAAGUUGAGGUGUUUGAUGUCUGGGGCAUAGACUUCAUGGGGCCAUUUCCCAUGUCUUUCGGAAACAAAUAUAUCUUGGUGGCUGUCGAUUACGUAUCCAAAUGGGUUGAGGCAAUUGCUAGUCCAACCAAUGAUUCCAGAGUAGUCAUCAAGAUGUUCAAGACCAUCAUCUUUCCUAGAUUUGGAGUCCCAAGAGUUGUGAUCAGUGAUGGAGGAUCUCACUUUAUCAACAAAAUAUUCGAGAGCUUAAUGAAAAAGAAUGGGGUUAAGCAUAAGGUAGCAACACCUUACCACCCUCAGACUAGUGGACAGGUUGAGGUUUCCAACAGGGAGAUUAAAGCCAUCCUGGAGAAAACUGUGGGAACAACAAGGAAAGACUGGUCUGUGAAGUUGGAUGAUGCACUCUGGGCAUACAUAACAGCUUUCAAAACACCACUUGGGACAACGCCUUUCAACUUUGUCUACGGAAAGUCUUGCCACCUUCCGGUCGAGCUUGAAUACAAAGCCUUGUGGACUGUUAAGCUCCUGAACUUCAACAUCAAAACCGCCAAGGAGAAGAGACUGAUCCAGUUGCAUGAGCUACAUGAAAUCAGGCUUGAUGCCUUUGAAAGCUUUAGGAUUUACAAAGAGAAGACUAAGGCUUUCCAUGAUAAGAAGAUCUUAAGGCGAGAAUUCAAGGCUGGUGAUCAAGUACUGUUGUUUAACUCUCGGUUGAAGAUUUUUGCCGGAAAACUCAAGUCAAGGUGGUCAAGACCUUUUGUGAUCAAGGAAGUAAGACCGUAUGGAGCUGUGGUGUUGACAGGAAAGCGUGGAGAAGAUUUUACAGUGAAUGGUCAAUGUUUAAAGCUCUACAUGGCUGAUCAGGAGAUUGGUGAGGAAGCCUCGGUUCCUCUCUCUGAACCAAUCCCAGCCUAA